AUGUAUGUAUGCGAUUAUUCCUCUGACUUAACUGAUGAACGCAUGCUGGACUUGGAUCCUUCACCUCCACCUGACAGUAUUGAACAUGUGCCGGAUGCCAGAGACCCUUUGAUAUCAGAGCAUGUCAGCCUGGAAUUUCUGGGGCUCCAAAGUUAUGAAGUUAUUGGCAUGGAACAUCUCCGUAAAGGACCAGGGAUUAUUGUUUAUUAUCACGCAGUCGCUGCUAUUGACUAUUCAUUUCUUGUCGCUAAACUUUUUAAGGAGGCACAGAGAGAGUGCUUUUCAGUCAUUAAUAGCGGUAUAUAUCAGCUACCAGGGCUGAAGAUACUUUUUAAUUCCAUCAAUUUGAAAGAUUUCAAUAAAGCUGAAUGUGUGGAAAUUUUGAAGAAAGGCCAUUUACUGGGCAUUUCCCCUGGUGGAGGUAGAGAAUCAAACUUUAGUAAUGACUACAAUAUAAUGUGGGGUAACCGCACAGGUUUCGCUCGGGUAGCUUUGGAGGCAAAAGUGCCCAUCAUCCCUAUGUUUACCCAAAACGCUUGUGAAACAUUCAGGAACAUUGGAAAGUCAAGGCUGACAAGAUGGUUAUAUGAGAAAAAACGACUUAUCUGCCUUCCCAUAUAUGGGCCAUUUCCAGUGAAACUGAGGACAUAUAUUGGAGAACCCAUCCCAUAUGAUCCAAAUAUAACAGCUGCAGAGCUGGCUGAAAAAGCAAAGACUGCAAUUGAAAAUCUUCGGGAUAAAUACCAAAAAAGACCAGGAAAUAUCUUAAGAGCUCUUUCAGAACGAUUUGAUAAGCAUUACAAAGCUAACUAGUCCAUAUAAAACAGUUGCAGUGUUUCUGACAAGAUGUCUGUUAUAGGAAGCAUUAAUAAUUAUGUUAUUAAAGCUAA